AUGGUGGCAACCCCAUUCGUGAGUACCGUGUUGGUAGUUAUUGGCAACCGACAAGAAUCCUCUCCCAAGUCCAUCGAAAAUCUACCAAAUCCGUCCUCGACUACCUAUUACGCCCGUUAUGGUAACUAUGCGCUGACCACAGAACAGUUCGAAACCAUGUGGCAGUGCGGUCGCUUUGCGAAACGGCAAAUUUAG